CAUUGAUCGUUUCUUUUCAAGAAGUUUAACAUAUUUUUUUAAUAAUAUCAUUUUUAAAUCUUUAUGCAAAAAAUUAUUCUAAUAUUAAUAUAAAAUAUAAAAUCUUCUUACAUUUUUCUUUAAGUAACAAUAAACAUGACAACAGCACUGUAUUUAGAACAUUAUUUAGACAGUUUGGAACAUCUACCUAUUGAAUUACAAAGAAAUUUCACUUUAAUGCGAGACCUUGAUGCUAGAGCACAAGGAUUAAUGAAAGAUAUAGAUAAAUUAGCAGAUGAUUAUUUAAAAAAUGUAAAGAAAGAAUCCCCAGAAAAGAAAAAGGAACAAUUGACUCAUAUUCAAAACUUAUUUAACAAGGCAAAGGAAUAUGGUGAUGAUAAAGUACAAUUAGCAAUACAAACAUAUGAAUUAGUUGAUAAACAUAUUAGGAGACUAGAUUCUGAUUUGGCUAGAUUUGAAGCUGAAAUACAAGAUAAAGCUUUAAAUAGUAGUAGGGCACAAGAAGAAAAUAAUGCUAGUAAAAAGGGCAGGAAAAAAUUAAAAGAAAAAGAAAAACGAAAGAAAGGUGCAGGUACUAACAGUGAAGAUGAAUCGAAAACAGCUAGAAAAAAACAGAAAAAAGGAGGAUCUGUUGCUUCUGCUUCAUCAGCUGGAGCUGUAGGAAGUGGUGCUCAAGUAGAUUCUACUGCACUUGGUCAUCCAGCAGAUGUUUUAGAUAUGCCAGUUGAUCCUAACGAACCAACUUAUUGCCUAUGUCAUCAAGUUUCUUAUGGGGAAAUGAUAGGUUGUGAUAAUCCAGAUUGUCCUAUAGAGUGGUUCCAUUUUGCAUGUGUUGGAUUAACUACAAAACCUAAAGGAAAAUGGUAUUGUCCAAAAUGUACACAAGAUAGAAAAAAGAAGUAAGUUUUAUGAAAUGAAAUAAUGAUUUAUUUUAAAA